CGAAGUUCCGAUUAAUCAGUUGAUUCAUACUAGGUUUAUAGACUAUUAUCAUUGAAGCGCGCAUCACCUACAUCGAUCGCUACUGUAGUUAUUGAUGAACGGUUAACAUCGACGGGUGUUGAAAAUCAUUAUUGUUAAUCGACUACCAUGGCUAGUGGAAAAAUUUGUAUUUUUAUAUUACUUUUAUCCAAUGGUGUUUUCGGACAGAAUUAUUUUUCUCCCACACCUGCCGCGGACUACAGCCAGAGAACUGAUAUCUAUGAUUGUUUUGAACGGUUUUACUCAUCGAGGGCGAUCUCCUACAAUCAAUUUGAUGGAAAGUGGCAGGAACCAUCUGUGGCUGGAGGAACGCGUGCUUUUAACGGCGAGUAUCAGCAUAUGGCUGCAAUAGGUUGGGAGCUGGAAGAAGGAAUUCGUUACACUUGCGGAGGAACCCUUAUAAGUGCAAGAUAUGUUCUUACUGCAGCUCACUGUGCCAUUCAAGUUGAGGAAGCCUUCCCGACCGUGGUUCGAUUAGGUGAUUCCCACUUGGGAAACUCUGACAAUGACGAAGAUGCUCAGCAGUUCAAAAUUGUCAACAUCAAACGGCACCCUCUGCAUCGAUUUUCCCAACGGUACCACGAUAUAGCGUUGAUUGAGCUGGAUCGGGAUGCCAGCUUAAGUCAAACUGUUUGUCCGGCAUGCCUCUGGUUGGAAGAUUCGAUUCCAAGUGGUCCACUUCACAUUGUCGGUUACGGCGAAACGGAACAGGCCGGAGGACUCAGCGAUACGCUGCAGCAGGGUCAAGUGUCGCUGGUUUCGACAAACCAGUGCAGCCAGCAGUUCCAAUCGGAUCGACGCAUCCCGAACGGAAUCUUGGAAAGCCAAUUUUGUGCAGCUCACCCUGUCAUGGACACUUGUCAGGGAGACUCCGGAGGUCCCAUCGAGAUUCGACGAGUUGACAUGAGCGAUCUACAGUAUCCAGUGAUUGUGGGAGUGACUUCGUUCGGAACCGCUUGCAUCAAUAACUCGAUCGGAGUUUACACAAAGGUUUCCCACUACAUAGACUGGAUUGAGCAGGAGACAAAUGAAAAAUUUAACUACGACACAUGCAGAUCCCGCUGUAAUAUUCGGCAGUUUGGAGCAAAUGCGAUUGCCGCCUUAAGACUUCAUUCGACAGUUCAUCUGGUGAGAAGUCAAGCGUCGCAAAGGUUUUACAACUGCACCGGAUCGUUGAUCGAUGAUAGAUUUGUACUGACCUCAGCAUUUUGUGCUAACACGGACACGGGAAAUCCGGACUACGUUUUCAUUCCCGAUAACAGAGAAAUCGUCAAAAUCGAUAAAAUAAUUACUCACCCGUCGUAUCGCCGAGGAAAUCCUUCCAAUGAUGUCGCUCUCAUUAAACUUGAUCAAUAUCUUAGGCCCAAUGUAACCAUGAAGCCAAUCUGCCUGUGGGACCGUGAAUCUUCCGGUUUCGAAUUCAUAUCCCUUAUUUUGGCUUCGAACGAUCGCGAGGAUCACAUUCACUUCAAGUACUACGCCAAGUUAAUACUGGACUUCGAUCAUCAAUGUUCGAUUGAGUUACAGGAGAAUGAAAUUUGCAUAACCAAUGAUUUGCCGUUGCUUCCGGGAGUGUGUCAGUUGUACCAUGGAGGACCCAUUCUGGAUAACCGCAACUAUUCGGCGCCCUUUUUGUACGGAAUUAUAGCUCAGAAAAGUGAUGGUUGUGAUAACCAGUUCUACGGAACUAGAAUCCAGAACCACUUGCGAUGGAUCCAAGGCGUUGUUUUCCAGCGAGAUGAGUUGAUAUUUUCAUCGGUUGUCGUCUGAACGAUUUACGGGAAUUGCGAAAUAUAUCAAUAAUAACCUUCAGGAAUUAUCGUCGGUGUACUGUCAUGAACUAAUUUUCUUUAAUCAACAAGUAUAUAUAAAAGAGAA